AUGGCUCGCCCCAAAUCCGCCCUCCGCAAGGCUCUAGAGGAGAAAGCAGCCGCGCACGCCGCCGCCGCCGAAGCAGCAGCAGCGGCAGCAGCAGCAGGAAGUACCACCAGCGCCUCGAACUCGGAAUGGGAACAAACACCCACCCCCGCCGCGACACCAGACACCAGCAACACCUCCGUCUCCACCCCCGCCACCACCUACAGCACGCCCUCCUCCACCCUCCCCAACAAACCCAAAUCCCCCAUCGCCUCGGAACUCGAACGCCUCUCUCUCCCGGGCAUCACCGCCUGCAACACGCGCGACUGGACCUUCUCCUCGCCGGCGGCGCGCGAAGCGAAAGCGCACGUCGCGCCCGAUUUCGAGGCGCUCUGGGACGGGUAUCCGCGACCGCUGACGUUCGAGGAGAAUAUCGCGGGGACGAGGGAGUUGAUGGAGAAGGACCCGAAUUAUUUCAUGGAGGUGGUGGGGGUGAGUAGUGAGGUUGAUGAGGAGAGGGGCGAGGGGAGUGUGUGGUUGGAGAUUGCGGUGAGGUGGACGGAUGUGGAGAUGAGGGGGUUUAGUGAGUUGCUUUGGAGGAGGGAUGAGGUGGGCAAGUGGUGGUGUUUUCGACACACCGGUAUGAGGACGACGGAGGAGCAUAGUGGAUUUGUUUGA